AUGGAGACCGUCAAAUCCACCCAGGGCACUAGAGCUCAAGCCCCCAUGGACGCCAACAAGGGCGUUGCUAAAGACAGCGACGCCAGCUUGACCAGCCGUGCCUCUGCUGCCAAGGAUGCUGUCGUCGACAAGAAGAACGAGGAAUCUCAUGAUGUCAAGGCCGAUGUCCAGAAGGAAUCUGCUAAGAACUAG